AUGGCAGACGUCAGAUCUCUCCUCCGCCAGCAAAAGGCCGCGCGAAGAAUCGACCACCCCUACGCCGCCUACUCAGAUGCCGGCAAGCUCCUCUGUACUCUCUGCAGAGAACAGCUCAAGGCGGAAUCACAAUGGGACGGCCAUCUCCUCAGCCAAGGCCACAAACAAAAACUGCAACAAAAGAACCUCACCAAACCAAACUCAGCAUCCUCAAACACCGACGACACCACCACCAACAAUGCUCUCCACAAGCGGAAACUACAUCCCACAGAUGAAGAUGACGACCAAGACGUCGAAAUGGGGGAUGCCAUCCGUCGAAAACGCAGCAAGCCUGACAUCCCGCCCCUAACAGGCAUAGCAUUCAACGGCACUCCUGCUGCCGCCGCCGCAGCAGCAGCAGCAGCGUCUCAGGACAAAGACGCCGCCAGGAGCGGCAGCACCAACACCCCAGACCAAGUCACCAGCGCGGGCAGCAACAACAGCAAAGAGAGCACACGGACACCACCAAGUCUGAUGCGAAGACUAUCAACCACCCCCUCUCAGGGCAUUGAGCUCCAGAUUCCCUCACGGCCAGCCACGCCCGCUCACAGAGAAGGCGGAUCGUCCUCCUCAGCAUCAGGCGGCUACUUUGCCAUCCAAUCCCAAGCAGGCGGUCCUCUAACACCGCUACAACCAUCCCGUCACACCUCUGCCGCCCGCACCACCAGCCAAGCAUCCACAGCGUCAAAUGCCCUCGCAGCAGCUACAGCCGACAAACCUUCAGCGGCAGCCCCUGUGGAUGAAUCAGAAUGGGCAGCCUUUGAAGCAGAAAUUGCGGCAGCAGAAGCACCAUACGAUGAAGGCGCCGUCAUUUCCGCACCAGCCAUGACGACGGAAGAAGCGGCAGCCAAAGACGCAGAGAAUGCGGACCGCAAAACCCAAGUAGACGUUGACAUUGAGGACGAGAAAGAGGAGGCAACCCGCGCUCUGGAAGAUGAGUUUGCGGAGAUGAAGGAACUGGAAGCCCGGGUGAAGAACCUCAAGGAGAAGAGGGAGGAGUUUUUGAAAAAGAGGAGAGAGAGUCAGGGCCAGGAAAAUGUUUUGAAUAAGGCGUCGUUGGCGGGGGCAGGUAAGCAGAAUGGGGUGGAGGAGGUGGUGAUUGAAGAUGAUGAGGAUGACGAUGAAGAGGAGGAGGAUGAUUGGGAUGGCUUUCGGUUCCGCACAUAA